UACACGUGGCUGACAGAUAGAGGUCCUCGAAGACACUAUUUAUAGGCUGAUCAUUCAAGACAAUUUUGCUCACUUCCUCAUCUACAAUGGCUUCUUCAUCAUCAUACAAGAACUAUGAGACCCGAACCCGAAAUCCCGACCCGAAAUCUGCAGUUCUAUUGGUUAUAGACAUGCAAAACUACUUUUACUCUAUGGGCAAGCCUAUUCUGCCUGCCAUCAACACAACAAUUGAACUCUGCCGGCAAAAUUCCGUGCCGGUGAUAUUCACGCGCCACUGUCAUAAGUCACCGGAUGAUUACGGCAUGUUAUAUGAGUGGUGGAAUGGAGAUAUUAUUAGAGAUGGUACAGUUGAAGCUCAACUUAUAACGGAGUUGGAUAAGAGAGAUAGUGAUUUAGUGGUGGAGAAGCAUACUUACAGUGCCUUCAGAGAUACUAACCUAGAGGAGAAACUGUUGGAUAUGGGGAUAAAGGAGGUAAUAGUGACUGGAGUAAUGACAAACCUGUGUUGUGAGACCACAGCCAGAGAGGCAUUUAUAAGAGGGUUCAGAGUCUUCUUUUCCACAGAUGCUACUGCAACUUCUUCAGCAGAAUUGCAUGAUGCUACACUCAAGAACUUAGCUUAUGGUUUCACUUAUUUGGUUGACUGCAAAAGGAUUCAAGCUGCCUUUUCGAAUCCCUGAGCACUCAGUAAUCAGGCACAACAGUCUAUGCCGCUCGUACUCUUCAAAAAUGUCAACUCGUGCGUGCUGGAUCCUCCUAAAGUAGUGCAUCUUUGGAGGUGCUGGAUCCUCCUAAAGUAGUGCAUUUUUGGAGGAUAUGACACAUGAGUGCACCAACAUUUUUGAAGAGGCCGAGCAAUAUGACAACUAUGACUAGAUAUUAGUCAUUUCCGUUCCAAUUUAUGUGAUGCACUUUGAUUGCCCUGUGCAUGGAGUUUAAAAAAGGGAAGGCGUUUGAAAACUUGUGGCCUAAGCCCGUUUGGACAUUAGUGUUUGCUUAAUACAUUAGGAUGAUUUUCUGGUUAGUUUCCGUGGAUGAGUUUUUCAAAUUUGAAACCAGCUUUUUCAUGUAAGAUUUUUCCUCACCAUACUUUCAACCUUUAUUCAUGAAAUGCAUGUCGAAAUACAACUUUAACUUUUAAUUUUCAACUUCAACUUCAAACACUAUUUUUUUCUACAUAUCUCUCCACUCAUAUCCAAACGCCUAUUGAAACAAGGCACAUGUAUUUGUAUCGUUAUAAAUCAUUUCACUAAGAGUAAAACGAAAAAUUUAAAGUUAUUGUUUUUAAGUAUAUAGAUCUAUCAUUUUUUUUUUUGGCAUAGGAAAGGGAAUUACAUAUAUUGGGAAAGGAAGAAUGAAUCAGUACAAACAUUGUUCUGUAUUGCAAAAAACAAAAUAAAAUUGUGAAUAACGAUAGCCAAUUGGUUCACAUUGUUGUUUUGAGCUUUACGUGUUUACCAUAAAAUAGAUUAGUAGCUGACUAGUAAUAUUCAUGAUGAGAUUUCAUGGUGCAUGUUAUUUGCAGGUGAUAUUGUAGCUGGCCAAAUUAGCGAGGGAGAAAGAGGAACCAUGGAGAAGUACUUUAGCUAGUAAAUAUUUUAGAAGUAGUAGAUGUAAUAUAGAAUAAAUACAUGCCUAGUUUUAUCCUGCAUAAGAGAGAUGACGAUGAAGUUAGAUUGCAUAGUUGUGGCAUGUAAUAGUAAACAUAAAGUAUUAUAUUCAGUGUGUUUGGAAAAUGCUUGGUAGA